GAAGAAUAUAUUUAGGAUAUUUAAAAUGCAUAAUAUAUUAAUAAUAUAAUAUGAAAUCGGUUUAAAUAACCACAAAAACAAAAUGGCAUUAGGACAUCAAAUAUUCUCGGUUAAAUUAAAGAGAAAAUAUUUAGUUUGUGUUAUUGGUAUAGCAACUUUAACAUAUUUGAUAAUUUCAUAUCUACAAAAGAAAACUGUUGAACAUAUAGAACCCCCUACCAGACUGGUUCCUGAAAAGUUUAUUAAACAAGUUGAAUAUAAUACUGACUUUAAAAUUAUGUUGAUAAAAGAAAAGAUAAAAAGAUUUGAACAUCGAUUUAACAAAACACGUUCAAUUAUUUUAAACAGUAAGCCCAUGUUAAAACCUAAUUAUAAUGUACAUGUAUUUUACUAUGCUUGGUAUAACAAUCCAGAAAUAAAUGGAGAGUAUAGGCAUUGGAAUCACAACUAUUUGGAUAAUUGGAAAAAAUAUGACAGUAGAAUAUACCCCAAAGGAUCUCACAGACCCCCAAACGAUAUUGGGUCAAAUUAUUAUCCAUUAUUGGGCUGCUAUAGUUCUACUGAUAAGGAUAUAAUUGAAACCCACUUAAAAUAUUUAAGAGAUUCAGGGAUUGGUGUUUUGGUAAUUUCAUGGGCUCCUCCUAACUAUACAGAUUCCCCUCAUGAGAUGUUGGCAACUUUAUUUAGAACUGCAUUAAAUUACGAGAUAAAAAUAGCUCUACAUGUUGAACCUUAUAAUGGAAGGAAUCCUGUAAACCUUCUGGAGCAUUUAAAAGAGUUUUUAAAAUUGUAUGGAAAUCAUCCAGCUUUGUAUAAAAUUAAAAAGCCUUUGGGGCAGCAAAUGGUUCCUCUGAUUUAUAUCUAUGACUCAUAUUUAAUUCCAGCUGCUGCCUGGAAGGAGGUUUUUGGUAACAAAGGUAAUCUUAGUGUUAGAGGAACAUGGUUAGAUGCAAUUUAUAUUGGUUUACUGGUAGAACUACAGCACAAAAGUCACAUAAGAAAGUCCGGUUUUGAUGGAUUUUACACGUAUUUUGCUACAAAUAGCUUUACUUAUGGUAGUACUUGGAAAAAUUGGCCUGUUUUGACAAAGUUUGCCCUUCAAAAUGGGCUUAUUUUUAUACCUUCAGUAGGGCCAGGGUACAUUGACACCAAAGUUAGGGCUUGGAACUCUGCAAAUAUUAGACAUAGAGCAAAUGGGCAGUAUUAUGAUGUUGCAUGGGGAACUGCCAUAAAUAAUAAUGCCCUGUAUGUCUCCAUUACAAGUUUCAAUGAAUGGCAUGAAGGUACACAAAUAGAACCAGCCGUUGCCAAAACUGUACAAGGGUACAAAUAUUUAGACUAUGAACCUGAAGGACCAUACUACUAUUUAAAUUUGACAAGAUCAUGGAUAGAUCAGUUUGAAAAAAGUUUAAAUUAACUUUGAGUAGGAACAUUCCAAUUUAAAUGUUUUUAAAAUGUGUUUUUAUGGCUGUG